AUGGAGCUCCCAAAUAUCAGCCUAAGGGCAUUUUGGUCAUUUCUCCUUAUCUCUUCCAUUCACGUUCCAUGCUUCUUCGUCUCUGCCGCUCACUUCUCCCACGAAACCGAUCGGCUUUUUUUGCUUCACUUGAAACAUAUGAUAACCGACGAUCCUCUCCAUUCCAUGAGUUCUUGGAAUGAUACUCUCCACUUCUGCCACUGGCAAGGAGUCACGUGUGGUCGCCGGCAUUUGGAUAGGGUCACCGCCUUGAACCUCACUGACCAGAACUUGGAAAAAAACAACACUCCUUUCAUAGGGAACCUCACCUUCCUCAAGAUAAUCGAUCUCUCAUCCAACAGUCUAGAGGGCAGCAUCCCAAACUCCUUCGGUCAGUUGGUGAGGUUAAGAUGGUUUCUCUUAAGUCAAAAUGCACUGUCGGGUACGAUUCCGCCUCAGCUAUACAAUAUCUCCUCUAUUAAAGCUCUGGACGUGGGAGAGAACAGAUUGCAUGGAAAUCUUCCACCUAACUUAGGCCUCACUCUUCCUAAUCUCCAAAUACUUCGUGUCGUAGCAAACCAAUUCACAGGACCUAUACCAGUUUCAUUAUCCAAUUCCUCAGGUCUUCUACUCAUUGACCUUGGUUACAAUAGCUUUACUGGAUCCGUGCCUCUGAAUUUUGGAAGCCUCGAGAGUCUCAGCAGGUUAUUUUUGAGCAGGAAUCAACUUGGAAUUGGGAAAGCUCAUGACUUGAAUUUUCUCUAUUAUUUGACCAAUUGCAGUGAGUUACAAGAAUUGGAUGUAAGCAAUAACAUUCUCAGUGGUGUGUUGCCUGAAUCCCUAGCUAAUCUUUCGACUCAGCUGAACUUCCUAUCGUUAGGAAGUAACAAGAUAUUUGGAAGCAUCCCAUCUGGGAUUCAGAAUCUUGUCGGCUUAACACUAAUGGAUAUGGUAUAUAACUUUCUAAGAGGUCCUAUUCCUAUGGGUGUUGGGAAGCCUAACAACCUAACAAGAUCCAACGACUUGACUUUGGUGGAAAUGAUUUGUCAGGGACAAUUCCAUCUUCUUUGGUUUAUACACCUUAACAAUAAUAACUUGAGCGGUACCUUACCCAGAUCACUUUUCAGAAUUCCCUCUUUGAUUGAACUCCGUGUUGAAAGUAACUCCUUUACUGGUGAUCUGCCAUUUGAAGUCAGUUACUCGAAUGCUCUUGGAAGAUUCAGUGUUUCUAAUAACAAAUUGUCCGGCGAAAUUCCAAGCCGGCUGGGAUCAAUUCCUCCAACAUUUACUACUCUAAAAGGCCUUCGACUCCUGGAUCUUUCACGCAACAACUUAUCUGGGAAGAUUCCAAGAUAUCUGGAGAAGUUUGCUCUAGAGUAUCUAAAUCUAUCUUUCAACAAUUUCGAGGGUGAAUUACCAAAACGAGGGGUCUUUGGAAAUAUCAGUCGAGUUUCAGUGCUUGGAAAUAGUAAGCUUUGUGGGGGUAUUCCAGGAUUACAAUUGCGUCCAUGCCCUAGCCAAGCUUCCAAGAAAAAGGGGAAGUCUCUUGCUUUGAAAGUAAAACUCUCAAUAAUUGUCGUCCUGUGUCUUCUUUCAAUAACAUCUUUCUUUACCACUCUUUAUUGGGUAAGAAAGGCGAGAAGGAUACCUUCUGCUGAGGCUUCUGUGGAGAUCAAGUUGAGAAGGAAACCUUUAGCUGUGCCUUCUGUGGAGAUCAAGUUGACAAGGAAAUUUAUUUAA